AUGGACUCGUUAUCUGAAGAAGAAAAAAAGGAGAAAUCAAUUUGGAGUAGAUUAAAACAUCAUUUGAAUUUCUUCAGACUACAUGUACUGAUAUUCACUUUCACGCCUGUUCUCACCGCUUGUAUCUUCUACGCUGCUAAUGGAUCUGCUACUGGAAAUGCCAAUCGUACUACCUUGGGCAGACAGAAAGUCACUUUCAUAGAUAGCUUGUUCAUCUGCUUCUCUGCUAUGACGACAUGUGGACUUGCAACGAUCAAUAUAUCAGCCCUUCACCCAUUCCAGCAAGUUCUCAUCUUCAUCCUCUUGAUCAUUGGUGAUCCAUGUUUUGUAUCUCUCAUGAUGGUCCUUGUCCGUAAAUACUAUUUCCGAAAUCACUGUGAACAACUGAUAAUCAACGAUCGACUUCGUCGUACACGGACUAUUCAACAAACUCUUCCUCCUAUCGGCACUGGAAUAGGAGCUGGUCCUUCCAGAAAGAAGUUUCAGGAAUUAAAGUCAAAACCUGGUGCUUGGAUAUCAGGACCUGUCAACGCGCAUAAGAUCGAAGGAUAUGCGGAAGACAAUGAUCAACUAGGUAGACAAGGUGUAUCGGAUUCACCUGUAGAAAUUAUCAAUGGAGAAGGACAAUCCUCUCAAGCGAUAGAUAGGGAAAGAAGUCAACCUUCUACUAUUGGAAGAUCAACCACUUUGAUUCCUACAAAUCCAACCUCGAGGUCUGAAUCCCCAAGAGUCAACAUCACCGGUCUACCUGAUUCAGCUACUCCGAUCAACACUCCAUCAAGAAGUGCUUAUGAGAAGACUUACACAAUGCGACAACGUUUACGCCAACAAACAAGAGGUAAUACGUUGAUCACUUCAAAAACUGUUAAUCUUGCUUCGUUGGAUGAUUGUCAUUCUUCCCAACCUUCGCCUGUACGUUUACACACCAGAAAUCCUACUGGAAUAUCUAUGAGCGCACGUACCGAGUCAUAUCCAGCUACACCUAUGCAUAAUAUACCUCAUCCUGAAGGACACAAGAACACCGGAAUGGGAGGGUUUCCUACACCCCUUGAGUUAUUGAGAGAUUUCAUCCCAUCUGCAACAAAAGGAAAGUUGACUAGACCAGUGAGGAAACUAGAGAUUGUAACUCAUCCCACUUUGGCUCCAAAAGAUGAAGAACAGCUCAUCGCCUCUGGUACACCGGGACAUGCUGAAAGUUGGUCAGAUGUCAUUAGGGGUUCAGUAGCAAAAUGGAUGCCGGAUGGACUAAGUGGUUUAGUGAUAGGAAGAAAUAGCAGAUUUUGGACCGAAGAGCUAGAUGAUGAAGAGCUUGAACAGAUCGGUGGUGUCGAGUAUAGGGCAUUGAGGACCUUGAUCUACAUAGUCGGCAGUUACAUGUUCUUAUGUCAAGCUAUACCAUUCGCUAUAAUCGCCAUUUACUUCAACAAGGUUCACAAUUGGGACAGUGCAUUUCAACCACAGGCAGGAGUCCAAACAGGACCAGCGGAUAAGACUUGGUUUUCUCUGUUCGUGAGCGCAUCAGCAUUUACCGGCACUGGGAUGAGCCUUGUCGAUCAGGGGCUAGGGCCAUUUUCUAAAUGCUAUACCUUGAUCUACGUCCUCAUUUUCGUACUUCUCGCCGGAAACCAUGCCUUCCCAAUCAUGUUAAGAUUUAUUAUAUGGGUUGGAACGAAAAUCACUCAACGUGGGGAAAAGUUUGAAACCCUUCAUUUCUUACUUGAUCAUCCGAGAAGAUGCUUCUUGUACUUGUUCCCCAGUCAUCAAACUUGGUAUCUUCUUUUCGUGCUUUUGGCUUUCAUGCUUGUGGAAAUCUUCGCUUUUCUGGUCUUGAAUAUUGGUCUUCCAGUCCUCGAAUCUCUUAGUGGAUGGCAGAGGUUCUCGGAUGGCUUACUGCAGUCUUUGAGUGUCAGGGCUAGUGGAUUUGGUAUAGUCGCUAUCGCAAAUAUGGCGCCAGCUGUUUUGUUCCUAUACAUCAUCUUGAUGUAUGUUGCUAUCUAUCCUAUCGCCAUGUCUGUUCGAUCUACCAACGUAUAUGAGGAGAGAGCUUUGGGAGUCUAUGAUCAUGAAGAUCCUGAUACUCUGACCGAAGACGAACCUGAAUUUAAGGGGAAACGCCAUGAGGUUUUUAGUAAAUACCUCUUAUGGCAUAUGCGCAAACAACUUGCAUUUGAUAUUUGGCCUUUGGCAGUAGCCAUCUUCAUGAUAUGUUGCUUUGAACGAGGUAAAUUACUGGAUCCUGAAAAGUAUGAUUGGUUUACAGUCUUUCGAAUCUUGUUCGAAUGUACUUCGGCAUAUUCUGUAAUUGGUCUAAGUCUCGGUACACCGAAUAACAACUUUUCAUUUGUUGGUGAAUGGGGAUAUGCAUCUAAGAUCGUCAUCAUACUUGUGAUGCUUCGAGGCAGACAUCGAGGAUUGCCAGUGGCAAUUGAUCGAGCAAUCUUACUUCCCAAAGAAUAUUCCAGGAUAGUCAAACAGCCCGAUACGACAAGUGAGAAAGGCUCAAAUCCUUUCACGAUGGCUUCUUCCGAAGACGAUAGGGCAAGACCCAUCGAGGCUGGGAUUGAUGGGGUCAUUGAAAGAUAA